GGGUAGGGCAUUAAUUGGAAUAAAGCUGAGAAAUUGCGAGAAUUAUGUCAUCACGUCUUUUCUACUUCUCUCUUGUCGUUAGAGAGACUAAUGGUCGGGUGUGCUGGUCUAAGAGAAGAUUAUUGGCAACCAGUCGGUGUUUAGUAUGUAGUACUAACGAGAAAAAACAAUCAAAACGUUUAGGCACCCCAUAUAUCAUAUUACGGUACGAGAGCAAUGGAAAGGGAAAUGACAAGACUCCUCCUCCUUCUCCUGAUGGCGGAGUCUUUAGAACAUUUAUUGAUAAUUUGAGGAAGAAUUUAGAGAAAAAUAAAGAAAUGCAAGAGAACUUGAAGGCAUUUGAGGAAGAGAGGGACCGUAUUGUAAAAAAUGAUGCAGUUAAACUGUUUAAAGAGAAAUUAUCAGGAACACAACAAUGGUUGAUUACUGUUACUCUUAAAAGUGUGGAUUACACUAGAGCUGGUUUAACAUCUUUUAGAAAAUCUGUCAGUCAAUUGUUUGGUAAAUUUUCUGAAUCAGAAGUUGGAAAACAAAGUCACAGGGUCACACGAGAGGUGGGUAAGAAAGCUCAAGAAACUGCCGAGAGGUUAUCUGGUCAAGCUGAAGCCAUUGGCAAAACUGAAAUCUACAAAACCGUCUCAAAAGGUGCAGAGACAGUAAAGGAAGAUUUAUUAGAUGACAUUAUCAAGGAAUCAGGACCAUACAAACCACCAGAACAAAUUCUAAAGAGAAGUGAGAGGAGCAGUUAUACUGAUCAGGAACAACAAGCUACAGCUGCUAAUGUUAUACAGCCUGACGAUGAAACUAAAGAUGUUAUUGUGACAAGGACAUCAAAAUUGAAAGAGAAAUGGGACAAAUUCAGAGAAAAUAAUCCAAUCUCCAACAUGAUGUAUGGUUUACGGAUGCGUUAUGACGAAAGCGAUAAUAUACUAAUAAGAGCAUCAAGAACUGUGACAGAUAAAAUAUCCUUUGAGGGUAUGAGCCAGCAGUCAGAUUUAUCACUGACACUGGCUGAGAUACAUAAAGUUGAUCCGUCCUUUGAUAAAGAAGUGUUUAUCAGUGAGUGUAAGAAUGACAUUAUUCCUACCAUACUGGAGGCAUUCCUUCAAGGGAAGGUAGACAUAUUGAAGGAUUGGUGCCACGAAGCAGCUUUUAAUGUACUUUCUGCUAUCAUAAAGCAAAAGGAAGGAGACAAGAGUGUAUCUAAAGUUCUUGAAGUUCACAAUGUUGAUAUAUUGGGUGGAAAAGUUUUAGACCAAGGCCCAGUUAUGAUACUCACCUUCACUGCACAACAAGUCACAACUAAAACAGAAGAUUCAUCAAUUGAUGAGACACUAGAGAACAUAAUGUAUGUGUGGGCAUUGUGUAGAGAUCAAAGUAUUUAUGAUCCAAAAGUUGCAUGGAGGAUAAUGGAAUUUGGAAUACAGGCGUCUGGCAGAUUAUUAGUAUAAUGAAUGAUCUUUGAAGAAUCUUAUGUGUAUAAUUGUAUAUAAAAGUAUAUUAUUUUUGUUGUUUUUGUCAUACUUUUUCUGUAUGAGUAUAGUAUAUGGUAGCAUCAUUACUCA